AGUCUGGGCCAGGGUUUUGAACUUCCUUCCCACCUGUCAGAGCAGGGAGCGGGAUCCCCAGACAUGACUUCAACUCUCACGACCCCUCCUGACCUGUGCAAUGAGGAAUGAAGUGACUGGCCUAUGGAGGUGUGGGCAUCUGAGCACUAGCAUCAGCCCCAGACUCGGUCCUACCACCGACCCAACCUGCCAACUCCAGCUCCAGCCUGGACCAACAUGGAGAAGGACUUUCAAGACAUCCAGCAGCUGGACCCUGAAGAAGAUGACCACCAGCUGGGUGGAGGCGAGAGGCCAGGAACUCAUGAGGACAACCCCAGGAAAGAAGACCUGUUUUGGAAAGGGACUCCCCUGCCUCAGCCCCUCCUGCGGCAGCGUUUCUGCUCCAGGCACAGGCUCAGUCUGCUCGCCCUGAGCGUCAACAUCCUGCUGCUGGUAGCCACGUGUGUGAUCGGGUCCCAAAGAACGCAGUUGCAGAUGGAGUUGUGGACCCUAAAAGAAAAAUUCAGCAACUUCUCCUCUAGCACCCUGAUGGAGAUGGAGGCUCUGAGCUUCCAUGGAGGCAGCUCUGGGAACAAAGUGACAUCUCUAGAAACCAAAAUGAACAAACAGCUGUUGGACCUGAAAACAUAUCAUUCCACCUUGCUCCUUCAUCUGAAGCACUUCUCAGGGGAUCUGCGCACCCUGUCUUGUCAGAUGGCGUUCUUCCGCAGCAACGGCACAGAGUGCUGCCCGGUUAACUGGCUGGAGCAUGGAGGCAGCUGCUACUGGUUCUCUCGCUCUGGGAAGACCUGGCCGGAGGCUGAGAAGUACUGCCGGCUGGAGAACGCCCACCUGGUGGUCAUCAACACCAGGGAGGAGCAGAAAUUCAUUACACAGCACACGGAGCCCUUCCAUACCUGGAUAGGCCUCACUGACAGUGAUGGCACCUGGAGAUGGGUGGAUGGCACAGACCAUAGGCUUAACUACAGGAACUGGGCUCCCUUGCAGCCAGACGACUGGACGGGGCACGAGGUGGGUGGAACUGAGGACUGUGCGGAGAUGAGGCCGGAUGGCCGCUGGAACGACGACUUCUGCCUGCAGAUGUACCGCUGGGUGUGUGAGAUGAAGUUGAACAUCACGGGCUAGGAGCCCGUCCUCCAGCAUGUCUUUCUGAUCUGCACCCUACCCAGCCCUGUCCCAGCUUUUUAUUGGGGAAUUUGAAGAAAGGAAGAAAAGAGUCAGAGGCAUGAGGAAGGGUUGAGGACAGAUAGAAGGGCGUGGAUUAAGAACCUCAGAUCUGAGAGGCUGAGAACCUAUCUCCUACUGCAAUUCAUUGGAAUUAGAAUUUUGAGCCUUCAGUGGAGUUGGAACAAAAGAAACUAAUACUUCAGACUCUGUGUGGAUUGGUUAUUUGGGCUUGGGAGAUGUAGGGUGCAAAGAAGAAAGAGAGGAUAGGGUUUAGAAAAGAAAAAGUUUAUGUCCCAGACAGUUGCUCCUUGAU